ACCUACUUAUGGGGACUUUAUAUUCGGUGAUGGCGGAGCGGUAUAGUGAGCGAAAGACGCUCAGACACAAGCAUUUCAAACAACAUUACAAAAAACCAGAAGAUUGGGACACAGUUCUCAAAUUCCCCCCUGACUACUUGAAUACCGAGACUUGGAAACCGGUUUGCGAAUUGUUCGUUAGCGAGGCAUUUUUGAAUCGUUCAACUAAAAAUAAAUCGAAUCGGCAACUAAUGAAAUAUCCAACAACGCAAGGCACAAAAUCGUUGGCGUCCAUACGCCACGGAAUGGGGGGUACUCCUGGAGAGCAUGUAGUUGACGCAUGGAAGGAGAUCCAUGUGAAAAAACCGUCUGGAACUUUCGUUAAUGAAUUAGCUGCAAAAGAUUAUGUAAGUGAUUAAAAUGAUUUAUUAUUAAAAUUUAUAUUUUAUAUUAAUUACAUAUUCUAAU